GUGUCCCCAUUGACCUCUUCUUCAUAAUGAUCUAUACGAUAACGAUCAAGCAAUUCUGUUUUCCCAAAAUUAUUCAAUUAAAAUCUGUUCUAUCUUCCCCGCCAAAUCAAUCCCACGAAGAACCCUAAUCACUUCAACCCAAAAACCCAAUCUUCUCUAAAUUCAUUAAUGGAAGAUGCAAAAUCAACCGAUGAAGACGACGAAUUCCUCGACGCUUCCGAUGAAUUCCCUUUCUACGAUUGCCCAGAUACUCCCGAUGAUUCUCCUUCAACCUCUCAAUCCUCACAUUCUCUCUCCUCUUUCCCCAAUUCAAGUGUCUCAGCAGCAGGUCUCUGCCGUCGCAAGUCUCUGAGAAAUCGAAAAUUAAAUAAUUUUGAGAGUAACACCCAGAAAUUGGAUUCAGAUACCGAAUUGACGUCGGAAACCGUCGAAAAUGAGAGUUCUACGGUCACUACCGACGAAAAACCAGAAAAAUCGACGGCGCCACUGUCGCCGCCGGCGAAGGAGGUGGUGAGGAAGAGGGAAAAUGAUGAUGGGCAGUUAAGUUCAUCCGCGGCGACAGCGAGGGAGAGGGAAAAUGAUGAUGGGCAGUUUAGUUCAUCGGCGGCGGAGGCGGUGAGGAAGAGGGAAAAUGAUGAUGGGCAGUUCAGUUCAUUGGCGGCGACGGCGAGGGAGAGGGAAAAUGAUGAUGGGCAGUUUGUUUCAUUGGGUAUUCUUGCUGAAUUGUUAAUUAAAGCAAUUGGGUUUCAAUUUAAUUUGUUGAUUAAUGUUAUUAGUUUCCCUUUUUGGGUACUUUAUUAUUCUUGCUUGUUUGCUUUGAAUCCAUUGCUUAUAAUUGGGCUUGGUAAGGGUUAUUUGAUUGGAAAAUUAACUAAAUGGUGGAAUCUUGUUGGUGAUACAUUGAGUCCAUAUAUGUCUGAAUGGUUGAAUGAGCAUAAAUCAUGGUUGAAGCUCGUGUUGCGUUGCGGUUGGGGAUUGUUUUGGUCAGUUUAUGUGUGCUCCAUUUUAGUGGGUUUGUUGAUUGGUGCAUUUGUGAUUGGUGGGUUGAUGAUGAGAUAUUGUUUUGUUGAAGAGCCAUUCCUGUUGAAGCAGGGAUUGAAUUUUGACUACACGAAAAGCAAGCCGGUUGCUUUCGUGCCUAUUAUUAGUUGUCCGAUUGAAGAAUGGAGGGACAAAUAUGAGGAUGUUAAUGCUGUUGGAUAUGCCAGGGUUAUACCUCCAAAUCAUAAGUUGCAGGCUACUGUUACCAUGGUUUUGCCAGAGUCGGAUUAUAAUAGAAAUCUGGGAGUCUUUCAGGUGAGGGUAGAAUUCCUAUCGGAAAAUGGUAAAACCCUUGGCAGUUUCAGCCAUCCAUGCAUGUUGGAAUUUAAAAGCCAGCCGCUUCGCCUACUGUUGACAUUUUUCAAGAUUGUUCCUCUUGUUGCUGGUUAUCUGUCCGAGACCCAAACUUUGAAGUUGAAGUUCAGUGGGUACAAAGAGGGGGUCAUUCCUACUGCUUGUUUGAAGAUAACAAUGGAACAAAGAGCAGAAUUUCGGCCGGCAGCUGGUAUCCCUGAAGUAUAUGAUGUGUUUGUACAUCUGGAAUCUAGACUUCCAUUCUUUAAACGUAUCCUAUGGUAUUGGAGAAGAACUUUAUUUGUUUGGCUCAGUAUGAUAGUGUUUACAAUGGAGUUGCUGUUUGCUCUUGUAUGCUGCAGACCUGUAAUAUUCCCAGGAGCAAGAACAAGAAGUAAUGUAAAUAGAAGAAACGCUCCUUAUACUCAUUCAACUCAACGAUAGCACUCUUACUUACACACGAAUACACGAUCAAUUCAUUUUUAUUAUCGGUUUGAUGAUAUUGUUUGCUGAUUGUAUUAUGUAAAAGCAGUUCAUACGGAAACUUUGUCCAUUCAUUUGUAGACAUCUUAUUUCCUACUGUGUAAGGGUGGGUGCGUUAGGGAUUUGUUUGUUGACACAGUAGUAGUCACUUGUCAGUUGUCACAGUAUUCAUUAGUAGAUUACCAUUGUAGAGAGUUCCAUCUGGUAGAAUAACGGCACAGGCUUUGGUUCACACUUCUGUUCCACUUCUUAGUAUUGGAUGUUUUAAAUGGUGUAGUUUCAGAUUUCACUUCAUGGAAGUGCUGAAAGAAUUGUGAAUGAAUUGGGAGUUUGGGCCAA